UUUGCAUGUUCAGUAGUGAAAAAGACGUCUUCCGGUCCAGUUUUCCUUAAACAAGAUGCGUCACGUUGCUGCUUUCCUUUUGCUCGUCUUGGGCGGUAACACCACCCCUUCCGCCGCCGAUGUCGAGAAGGUGAUCACGUCCGUGGGCGGCGAAGUCGACUCGGAACAGUUGGAAGCUCUCUUGAAGGAAGUCGAAGGCAAGGACAUCUACGAAGUCAUUGCCGCCGGCCAAGCCAAGCUCGCCACGGUCUCCGUCGGAGGCGGUGCCUCGGCUGGUGCUGCCGCCGCCUCGUCGGGCGGUGCCGCGGCCCCUGUCAAGGAAGAGAAGGAAGAAGAAGAAGAAGCCGACCUCGGAGGUGGCAUGGACAUGUUCGGUGGCUCGUCCGACUAUUAAAUGUGCUUCUUUCCGUUGCUGCAGUAACGAAUGACCGCCUGUGUCGAGUAACGAGUAAUACGAUGUGACGCACAGAUAUGAGCUUGUCUAGACAUGAAGAUCGGUGCACUGGACCAGCGACAUCUUGUCGUCUUCAGCAGGGGCUAUGUAUUCGUGGAUCCAAAGCGAUGGCAGGA